ACCUUUGGAGGCUACUCUCCUCCCAAUCCCCAGUCCCCAACUCCGAAAGAAAUUCACGCGCCAUCUCUCCUCUCCAAAUAUCCUCCUCCGCUCCAACUCCAGUCGCAAUGGCAGCAGCAGCAGUGAUGCUCCUCCUCGUAGCACUUGCAUUCUCGCCCAGCACCACAAAUGCCUACGAUAGUGAUCCCCUGCAGGACACCUGCGUCGCCGACCUCAAAUCCAAGCUCUCCGUCAAUGGAUACCCUUGCAAGACAUCCCCUCCCAGCGCGGCCGACUUCGUCUUCAAGGGCCUCGCCACCCCGGCCAGCACCAACAACGCCAAUGGCCUGGGGGCCGUGUUUGGGGUCGUCCAGGCCUUCCCGGCUCUCAACACCCUCGGCCUGUCCAUCGCGCGCCUGGAUUUCGCCAAGGGAGGCCUCGUCCCGCCACACACGCACCCGCGCGCGUCCGAGCUCUUCCACGUCCUCGAGGGAACCAUCUACGCCGGGUUCAUCACCACGGACAACAAGUUGUAUGCCGCUACGGUCAACAAGGGCGAGGUGAUGGCGUUUCCGAAGGGGCUCAUCCACUUCCAGGUGAAUGCCGGGAAUUCCACGGCUUUGGCGUUUGCGAGCUUGAGCAGCCAGUCGCCCGGAUUCCAGCUCGUUGCGAACGCGCUGCUGGGCAGUGGCAUCCCAGACGGCGUGCUCUCCAAGACUCUGUUUGUGGGUACCAAUGUCGUGGACAAGCUCAAGGCUCCAUUUGUUCCAAAGAAGUGAGUUCUUCCAUUGAGGAGUGUAAUAUAUAUGUAUGUUAUUCCGCUUUUGAUUCACAUUGGAGUAGAAGAGAUAAAACUUGGAGGUGGAGAACAGGAACUUUCUGUUUUCUUUGUAACGAGCUUGUCCAUCCAUUGCCAUAUCUAUGUCAUGAACUGAAAUUAUUUGAGAUA